AUGAAGAAAGCACCGUGCCGUCUAUGUGGGCGAAGUUCUUACGUUAAGGAUAUGAGGAUAAUUGGUACCAAUGCAAAAAGUCGGCACUUUAUCCUGAUAGCUACACUUUCGUUGAUCGGAGUUGUGGAAACGGCUCAUGUUGUUGGUUUAGUGGACCAUAUUAGCAAGAAAUAUAGAUGUCUUUGUCACUCUCACGUGAUACAAGCGGGCCAAUACUUAUGUGGUGAAAUUACGGCAAGUGGGAAGUGCAUUUCUUUCUAUAACGAUCCCUAUGCACAAAGAAGCACUGCCUACGUCAGCACUGGAGAUAUUCCGCCACAUCUCGUUGACAUUAUCAACGAGAUCGGUAACGGCGAUGUUACGAUCACUGCUAAAGACUUAAUGACUUUUGUUAAUGCGGCGUUGAAGAGAUAUUACGGUACUUCGGUGUGGCCUCAGCAGUAUGAGCAGAUGGGAAUGGAGGAGGUUGAUUUUAACACCGAAAAUGGAGAAUGUACGACAUAUUUUGAGUCACACAUUCCAAUGGAAGGAAGUUCUGCAAAAGUUGCUGAGAUCAAAGAAGCGGAUGAGGAUGGAUGGAAGACGGAAAGGAAUCACGAUGUGAAAUAUGAAUUCGAAAGUGACACCGGAAUGGGAACCUCUCCACAACGUUAA